AGUAAAUGGCGUUUCCGGAAACCGUACAAAAAACUGAAGUAUCAUCGAAUCCACCCAAUGGAAUGGAAAACAGUCUGACAUCUCAAAGGUCAAAUCAUGUUAGCUCGGUUCUGCUCUAUGGAAUACCAAUUGUGUCUUUGUACAUUGAGGGGCAGGAGCGACUCUGCCUUGCGCAAAUCUCAAAUACUCUUCUAAAGCAAUUUAGCUACAAUGAAAUACAUAAUAGACGUGUGGCGCUUGGCAUAACCUGCGUGCAAUGUACACCAGUACAAUUGGAGAUUCUGAGAAGAGCAGGUGCCAUGCCGGUAAGUUCUCGGCGAUGCGGAAUGAUAACUAGAAGAGAAGCUGAGCGUCUUUGUAAGAGUUUCUUGGGCGACAACUCACCACCUCGAUUGCCAGACGACUUUGCAUUUAAUGUUCAGCACAAGUGUGCAUGGGGCUGUCGUGGAUCAUUUUUACCAUCUCGAUAUAACUCUUCACGAGCCAAAUGCAUCAAAUGUGCAUUCUGUGGAAUGUUCUUCUCGCCGAAUAAAUUCAUUUUCCAUUCACAUCGCAUCACAACAAACGACAGGUAUGUUCAGCCCGAUGCUGCCAACUUUAACUCCUGGCGACGGCAUAUGACACUUUGUGGAAGCUCACACGAUGAAAAAAUUAUCUACGCAUGGGAAGAUGUCAAGGCAAUGUUUAAUGGUGGCACCAGAAAAAGACUCGUUAGUGGCAAUAGUAAUGUUAGUCGCAAUCGAAAUCAAAGCUCACCAACGUCAUCGUCAGCUUCUGCACUAGUCGGAGGAAGUUUGUGUGGCUCACUAACUGACUGCGAGUCAGUUGCUAAAGACACAGCAUGUAAGGAACAGUCCCCAUUAUCCAAGCGGGCCGUCGACCACCAAUACAAUUACAGUACCGUGACUGCAGCCGCCGCUGUGGUCGGAGUUACGGCUGUAGCAGCUGCUACGGUUGGAGUACCUUUUAAUUUACAUCACUCUUCGGUCCUUUCACCUAUUCACUCGCUUCGCAACGACCACGAUCUUUCGAUAAUGCCCCUUUCUAGAAAUUUUGUUGUGGACUAUAUGUGGCAGCAACAGGAUGCAAAUCAUCAGCAACAGCAUUCGAAAAUCUGUGGCACAGACCCGAGUGAAUCGGUCCUUGACUUCGAAUCAUGUCCAAUGCCAUGGGCUAGGCCAGAAACGAGCAUUCCUUCAACGACAGCCAGUGCCGUUCGCUUGGGGGAGCGAGAGCGUGUAAAAAACGAAGCGGCGUCUACUUCUAUAUGUGGCAUUAUCAAAAAUCGUAAGCUAUCUGAUGUCGCCAGCAGUGGUUUAACGUUUUCUGAUUAUAACAUUCCAUCUAUAUUAAGUUGCUCUGCAUUUAAACCAGUUGUUGCUUCAGCAGCAAUUGUAUCCACAUCAUUAUACACUAGGUCUAGCGACUCGAAUAGAAACGUUUACAUUACCCCAACUCAAACGGCCCGAACAACAACUGUUCUAACGCAUAACAGUAUUACAACUGCCUCGCAUCGCUUACCAACAGGGGAAGGGUUUUCACCAAUAUUAGACACUAUUCAAUCCAGUAUCGAAAGUGAGCGAAUCAAUUUUUCGACUUCAGUAUCGACUCACAACAAGAACAGUUCGAAUAAAUCAAUAUCAUCAGAGUCUGCUUACGGAAUAGGAAAAAACGUAUAUGAUGACGACGACGAUGACGAGGUUGUGGAUAUCGAAACAACGGAAGACGAAGUUGUUAAUCAGCCCACCAAACAGUGUGCACAUUCACCAGUUGAUGUAUCAUCUGAAAGUGAAAGUUCAACUCAUUCUCAGCCUGCGAGUACAAAUAUUGAUGCAGAUGCUGAUGCUGAUGUGGAUGUGGAUGGUAUUACAACGGAUGCCGAAGAUCAACUUGAGUUUAAAUCUAAUGUUUGCUUGCUCGACAACACAAACCGCUCUAAAUCAAACCAAAUUGGAAAAAUAAAAGUGGGUGUCACUUCCAUGAAUGCAGAACCAGAAAUGUGCAAGGACGACUAUAAAUAUAAUGAGGAGACGAAAGGAUUCAAUGGUCAUUUAAGAAUUUUUACUCGAGGGAAGAGCUUUAAGCAACAGCCUGAUCGAAGUGUUUCAAAAAAGACAACCACUACAUUUUCGAAAAAGAAAUUUUACUCGAAGUCACUGGCUAUUAAAUCUGCUCAACCACAAGUACAGCACAGAGUUUCCUUCCCAGUAUUCUUUAAGUCGCAAGUAAACCCUUUCAAUGAGCAUCAUCCACUACCAACAACGUUAAGCCCCAACUCCCUUUCGGACUCAUCAAAUUGGAGCUAUCCAAUUGGUAACAUUCGGCAACUAUAUUGUUAUGAAAGAAGCGCAACAGCCAAUGAAAAUUGUAUUGAUUUUAAGUAAGCGCAACAAAAUAAA